UUAGGAUUGGCGUGUAAUUGAACGGCGCCAGUUUUGAUGCGGACCGCUUUGUGUUCGCGGUAACUCCGCUUCUGCGCAACGUCCGAUCGGGGAAGAUCGAGAGUUGACGGAGUAAUUCUCAGAUCCUGAUGAACCCCCACCCCCCAUACGCGCACGCCUCUUCUCGUUCCUGCCUCGGCUUCUGACACCUUCCCCUAAAACUGCUCGGAUCUCAUGUGAACCGUGGGGAGAGGCCUUUGGCCUCGGGCCCGCGGCGGGGGUCUUUGUCUGGAUGUGGGCCUCGCCUGAGGAACCGUGUUUGCUGAACUUCAGAGUCCACGGUCCCGAGAGUUGGAUAUUACAGCUGCCUUACGAUGCAAGUUUGUUAUGCUCUUCACGCUUACGGAUGUCGAGGAUCGUUUUCUCCUAAGGCUUCAUACAUUCAAGAACAUUUAAAAACAAAUAAUGAAAAAAUUGUAUGAAAAUUCCAGAUUCUGAAGCAAACUACAACGUGUGUUAAAUCACCUAACUCGGCUAAUGUUUUCUCCUGAUCAAGAAAAUCUUUCUUCAUCCACAAAAGCACCCAUUAAAUAUGGCGAAAUCAUUGUGUUAGGGUACAAUGGAUCUCUGCCAAAUGGAGACAGAGGACGAAGAAAAAGCAGAUUUGCUUUAUUCAAAAGACCAAAACCAAAUGGUGUGAAACCAAGCACAGUGCAUGUCACCUGUACACCUCAAGCAGAGAAAGCAAUAAGCAACAAGGACCAACACAGUAUUUCAUAUACACUGUCUCGAGCUCAGACGGUGGUGGUGGAAUAUACACAUGACAACAAUACAGAUAUGUUUCAGAUUGGCCGAUCAACUGAAAGUCCGAUUGAUUUUGUGGUGACUGACACUGUACCAGGAAGUCAGAGUAAUGCUGAUACUCAGUCUGCUCAAAGUACCAUAUCCAGAUUCGCAUGUCGUAUUAUAUGUGAAAGGAGUCUUCCCUACACUGCUAGGAUAUUUGCAGCUGGAUUUGACUCAUUUAAGAAUAUAUUCCUCGGAGAGAAGGCUGCUAAAUGGAAAACUUCUGAUGCUCAGAUGGAUGGCUUAACCACAAAUGGUGUACUUGUGAUGCAUCCGCGGCUUGGAUUUACUGAAGAUUCCAAACCAGGAGUCUGGAGGGAGAUAUCAGUUUGUGGCAAUGUCUUUACUCUGAGAGAAACAAGAUCGGCACAGCAACGAGGAAGAAUGGUUGAAAAUGAAACCAACGUUCUGCAGGAUGGCUCUUUAAUAGAUCUCUGUGGAGCAACACUGCUUUGGCGCACUGCAGAAGGACUUGCACACACUCCUACAGUUAAGCACCUAGAAGCCCUUCGCCAGGAGAUAAAUGCAGCCAGACCACAGUGCCCAGUUGGAUUUAACACACUUGCUUUCCCCAGUAUGAAAAGGAAAGAUGUCGAUGAGAAGCAACCAUGGGUGUAUCUUAAUUGCGGACAUGUACAUGGUUAUCACAACUGGGGAAACAAGGAUGAGAGGGAUGGAAAAGAGAGAGAAUGCCCCAUGUGUCGUUCACUAGGCCCAUAUGUUCCUCUCUGGUUAGGGAGUGAGGCUGGAUUUUAUGUUGAUGCAGGACCUCCAACCCAUGCGUUCAGCCCUUGUGGACAUGUGUGCUCAGAAAAGACUACCACCUACUGGUCCCAAAUUCCCCUUCCUCAUGGCACUCACACUUUCCAUGCAGCCUGUCCUUUCUGCUCUACUCAGCUCACAGGGGAACAAGGAUAUGUUCGACUUAUUUUCCAGGGACCUCUUGAUUAAGGACGUGAUUUUAUUAACUGGUUGGUAAACUGAUAGUAGAAAGACAUUUGAUAACUUUCAGAAUUAUAAGCUAGUUUUCUAUAUUGAAUUCCAUGGGUUUUGGAUUUUGUCUGUUCUGGGACAUAACCUGAAUAAUGUAGUCCUGUGAGGAAAGCAAACCUAUUUUUUUUUGUGUGAUGUUGCCUCUGAGACAGGUUUUUGAUAAGUUUUGCAUUUGUUAAAAGCAGGUAUUUUGAAAUACAAACUUUCUUGCCCAAAUAUUUAAAAAAAACAACCUUAUGUUGGACCUGUUUGCAGUUACCAGGUACACAUUUUAAGUUUUAUGCUUAAAGAUGAAAAACAAUUUCAGAUGAUUAAUCCUAACUUGUAACGAGGUAAAUAAGUCUAAUGCAAUUUGACCUACUGCAACUACUACAUCUAAUAGGAUUUUAUGAUUCAGUGGAGUUUAACUUGUUUCAACACUAUUUGCAGAAAACUUUGAAUAUUGCUCAAGCAUUGAAACUGUCUUGCAGUGCUCAUUCUGGUCCUGUAUGAAGGAGUCAGUAGUUUGUCUCCUGUAGGAUAACUAUUUCUGAAGAAUAUUGACAGGUUUCAAUUGCAGGUAACAUCAGAAGGAUUAUAUCAGUUGAGUAGAAAUGAGCUCACAAUAAAUAGAGUUUCACUCAGACCUGAGUGUGUUAUUGCUAAAUGUCAAUAGGCUCCAAGUAAGAAAAGAUAGAAAUUGGGCACAUCAAAUAUUUUGUAUUUCUUUAUCACAAAAUAAUAUGCCACUUCAGUUCCACAGCAUAAAAGUAGUUCUUUGCAUUUAACUACAUUGAACAUUUUGGAACAGGAAAGCCCUUGUGCCAAAAUAAUUUCUGGUGUACUACUAACGUGAUAAAGAUGCAUCACUGUUUUACAAAAUGUACACCAUCUUGAAUAUAAUUUAAUUGUUUACACAAGUUCACUUGCUAAACUCCUGUUUCUCUCCAGUAAUUGAGGAUGUGUAAAACUGGCUUAUUUUGCUGUAUAGCAGCUUAAGUUCUGUAGGAUCUUUUGUACUAAAUUAUUGCCUGUAAUGUAUGUAGCUUUGGAUGUUUGUAGGGGUUACUUAGCAUAUGUGGAAUGCUAACCUUUAAAACCUAUUAAGUCUUGAUUUUUGUGAAGUAAUAUUAAAUAGCAAUGUGCAAAACUGCUCUUUGAUUUUUGGUCAUCUAAAUUGUACCCUGAGCAAUGAUUUCUUGUCCCUUUAAAUUUAGUUUAUUGUAUAUAAUCUUGAACUAUUUUAUUACAAAAGGAUCUGGAAAACAAAUUAGAUAUUGGUAUUAACAAACUAAAUACUUUUGUAAUAGAGAGGGUUUGCUGAGUGAGGAAGUAAAAUUGAUCUGAUUUGUUUUAAUAUUUUUCAUUCUGACAUCCACUUCCCCAUACAUCUCCAAUUGCACCAAGGGUAAAAAAACAGGAUAACUGUAAAUGUGGCUACGGUGUGCUGGUAUUACAACAUUUUAUGGCUCUGACUGUAUUGCUGACAGUGCAUUAAACUCUCAGGAUUUAAAACAGUGAUUUAUUACCAUUUCACGAAUUCUUUUUGAGCAGAUAUUUGGAUGGUGUUUUUUUUCCCUGUUUCAUAAAAAUGAAUUAAAAAAGAAACUUACAAUCGUGUUUAUUUGUUCCAUUGGAAAAUAAAACUUUAUUGGAUUUGGCACUACUUUUGGCUGCACCUGCUGUCUUGAACGUCCAUCUAUAUUCAGCAAAGCAGAGUUAUUUUGCAUUUAGAAUUAAUUAAACCACUGGAUCUGUCUGAAUGGCUUCUUUGAGAUAGCAAAAAUCGGCUUGCAAGUUGUUCUAAGCUGCUUAAGUGAACCUUGAAGUUUAAUGUAGCAAUUUUGUUCGGUACAAAUACAUGGUUCUGUAAGAAUGCAAUAGAAAAGGUUAAACUUUGGAACAAGAUAACCCGUAUCAAUUCUUGCGUCUUGGCUGCUAAAUUGAAACCAUGGGACCUGACCAUCUCCACUUUGAGGCAGGGAGGUUGUCUGAAUACAGCAGGGGUGUUUUGUAGGCAGGUGUCAACAAAUGUAGUGGAAUCUUGUGUAAUAGUCUGACGGGCUGUGCUUGAUGGAGAAUUUUAGUUGUAGAUGAAUAUCCUUUUGCCAUCCACGUUUACAUGAUGUCACCCUGUUAGAACAAAGGAGAAGCUGUCUCAACUUUGUACUCUGCUCUUUAUGCCUUUGUACACUUUUCAAAAGAGAAUGAAGAUAGUACUGAGUUCAAAUGUUGUAAAAUUUCUGAAGUGCUAAGUAAUUGCUGAGAGAUAUCUGGGCUGUUUAUUUGCCAUUCAUUUUCAUGGCUGUACUAAGGCAUUGGUAAUGGCUGAAUAUUUUGCAAGAUUUUCUGUAGUGACAUUAGAAAUAAGUUAGGUUUCAUACCACCAAAUAUGGAACUUCCAUUUAGCCAAAAUCUUUGUGGGUUUGGUAAUUUUUACUUCAUUCACUAGAAUAUUUGCUCUUCCACAUCACUAUGCACAACUUAAUGUGCCUUGAUUGGGGACAGUAAUUUGCAUAUAUUUCCUUGAAGCUAGCACACAACUGAUUGUUCAAGAUAUGGUUCCAACAUUAAAACUAAAAGUAGAAUUUGGUAACUCUUCCAAAUAUUUUGCCUAAAAUUGUGAAUCUGAUCUCUUUCAUUCUUUCCUUUACUACCCUUCCACUCUGACCAAAGCAACAUUUUUAUAAAUCCUUUAAUGCAAUAUUGUUGUCAUUCAUUAUUUAAGAUUAGGUUAAAACUGUGAUGCGCUGCUCUUGAAUUUGUGAUCUUAAAACUACUUCACAUAAUCUCUGCAUGUGUGCUUGAAUCUUUAUUUUGCUAUAUUGGUAAAAACCUGGAGUUGUUUUUCAAUUUUUGCAUAUUGGUUAUCUGCUAAAUCAGUCCAAUGAAGGUGAACAUGCUGGAUGUAUCACAGCUCAAAAGCAACUCCUAGAGGUGGCACUUGCAAUCCUUUUGAUACCAAGAAUAAUAGCUCCAAGCCAGCAGAAGAAAGCAAUUCCAAAUUAUGAGCAGGUUUGACAGGGUACAAAGAGUAAGUGGGAUCCAGAAAAUAUUAGAGGUGGAAAGCAGAGAUUUGUCUGAUGUUUCUCAAGUCAAUGUUCUCUGCAGUCACUCUAAAUUCAAAGUAACUGCUGAAGAAAAGUGGAGAACCUGUUCGAAGACUGCCUGUUCUUGCCUAAAAUUCCAAAAUUCAUGUGGAUGUUUGUGCUGUUUGGGGAUAGUAAAGUAAAAGUACAUAUACCUGUAUUGUGUGUAAGAUGUUUUUUUAUUAAAAUGAAUGCUUAUGGUUAAAUCGGUGUCAUUAUUGCAACAGCUGUGUCUCUGCUAACUGAGCCACUCAUCAAUUUCUAUUGUAAUAUUGCCUGAGUGUUCCAUUCAGCAGAACACUCGGGCAAUACUAUGUCUCACCCCUUAAAGAUCCAAAGCAUUAAUGAAUGCAUUCUAGCAAAAUACAUCUGACCUGACUUGAGUAAGGAUGAAUCCAUUGCUGUAGUUGUAAUGGCAAAAGAGAGACUUCAUAUUCCACCAAGUCUUGCCCCCUUUUCUGUUCUUUAAAGAUUUUGGGUGGAAUGGAAGUUGCCAGUAUAAUGUUACAUUACAUAGAAAGUCAAUUGUGUGUUUGUGUAAAUUUAAAGAAACUUAAAAUAGCAUAAAGAUUUUAGAGUGGGCGUAGUUGUGUGGUUUCCAAAGAACAAGGAAACCCGACUCCAUACACUUUGUUUCAGAUAUUUGUGCAUUUAAUUAAAAGAUGGACUUCAUUAAAAUGGACAGUGCUAUAAAUCAACUGUUCAAAACUUGUACUAAUCUAUUACGUUUAGGGAUUUUUUAAUUUGAAAUUUUUAUUGUAUAUGGAGUAUACCAGUGGCUUUUUACUGGAAAUGAGUUUCAAAUAACUUGAAAGACAUUUGACUAGACAAAACCUUAUAAAAUUAUAUUUGGCCUAAUACUGGUUAUUUUGGGAUUUUCGUAAACUUGAGCUGAAAUAGAUCCAUUUCAAAAGACAGCAUUUGAACAAAUCUACAUUUGCAGAUGUUUGAUAAAACUUAUGAAUACAAAGACUAGUGUUAUUUCACUGAUUUAAAUAAAGACCAAUUGGUAGAAAUAAAUGCUACUCUCUCAUUUCACUGAUUUGGUGAAAAUGAUCUUAUUUGUAAAUUGAGGAUGAUUUGCUCAAAAAGAGAUGACAAUGGAGGUCUAUAGAGGGAACCAAAAUCUGCAGAGAUGGGGGGAAAAGCAUCAUGUACAUCUUGAAUAACAUUGGUGUGGGUGGGUCUGGACGAAGGAUAAAUAUUUGAAUUUUUGAACAAGCAGUAUACGAGAGAAAAGGAAAUAAGUGAAAUUAAGUGAAUUUGGUAAAAUGAUGGGCAGCUUUCAUUUAAGUGUUAGUGCACCAAACAAGAUGCAGUCAAGCACUGUUGACACAUUUUCAAACUCCUACUUCAAUUGACUAUUGAGGUAAUUGAUCUUUUAGUGGUGUUAUGUGCCCCAUGUGUUCUUCAUCUUUUGUGGAUUUCUAACUCAGUAGAAAGUGAUAUUAUUUGUAAGGAGAUGUGGAAAGAGUUGAUAUCUAAACCCACUGGAAAUCUUUACCCUUGAGAACAGAGUUAGUUAUCCUGUUUUAUACUGCAGGUUUGGGAGCACUUGGUCGUAAUGGUCCAUCCUAGACCUAAAAUCAUUGAGCAGGGCAUUGCAUGUGACAACAAUGCAAUGUAACAUACAAGAACAGCUGUGAAAGUACAUUUUACUGAUGGCUUAGUAAUGCCUAAAUGCUAGUAUUUUAAAAGCUAGCAUGUGAAAAUAGCCUAUGUAAAUAUACCCCAAGCUUGCAGUAAGUUUUCAGUUGAAAUUAAGAUGCAUGCCCACCAUUAGCAUAGUCAACAUUUCUGUUAAUUUGUAAGAGCUGUAGAAUUUCCUAAUUAUCUGUUGGCCUGUGAUCUAACUAAUGCAUAACAAGAUGGAUGGCAUUUUAAAAUAUGAAAUCUUUGUCGAUGAGUCUGUAUUACUCUAUGUAAUAGUCAUGGUCACUGAAAAUAACUGGUUUGUCUUCCUUUGUAAAAAAAAAUAAA